CGCAGCUCUGAGGAUCAGCUUCGCCGGGAGGAAGGAAACGUGCUCUGGGUUCAUCUUCUAGGAUUCUCACGGUGUUUCAAGCCGCCUUUCCUGCUAGUAUAUCUUUUUUUUUUUUUUUUUUAAAAAGGGAUUUAGUUUUUUUUUUCGCGACUGCAAAAACAACAAUUAAAAAAAAACAACAAACGCAUAUCUUGAGACUGCUGCAGCGGAGUUACCAGGAAGAAAACGGCUAACUACUGGUUAGCAGCUAGUUAGCAGCUAGUUAGCCACUGAGCCCAGUUAGCAGCUAGUUAGCAGCUAGUUAGCCACUGAGCCCAGUUAGCCCGCCAGCUAGCCAGCUUCUUUUUUUCUUGUCCUUAUUGCCACACUAAGUCCCACCCUCACCAAGUGCGUGGACGUUUAGAGGCUUUUUUUCCUUCGUCUCUUUCAGUUUUUAGCCAGCAUCCCGGUGGGUGGCGGGGUAAAUAAAUUGGCAUCCUCCGGUUUAAAAGGAGAAAAAAAAUCAGGUUAGCUGGUGAAGCUAAAAAACAAACUGUUAGCUCGACAAGUGUGUUCUGUGUGAAGGGAUCCGAGGCUACACUGGCAACGAGAGGGGCUAAAAAGAAGAGGAGAAAUAAGAGCGGACAGAGAGGACACCUGGAAGGAGGGACUGGCUGCUUUUGCCGGGGACAGAACCACAUAAAUCAGAAACCGCCGAGCUGCUCGCAGCCAUGAGCAUUGAGAUCCCGGUGGGGUUGACGGAGCUGCUGCAGGGCUACACUGUGGAGGUGCUGCGACAGCGGCCGUCAGACCUGGUUGAUUUUGCAGUUCAGUACUUCACCCGCCUCAGAGACACCAGGAGUCAGGAUGGGUCCGGCUCGGGAGGCAAGACGGGGAAAGGAGUGAUGUUUGACGGGGAGCCGAUGCAGACAGAGUCCAACGGAGAUGAGGACGACGAUGACGACUCCGACUUUGAGCCUCCUCCACCCAGCAGAUUCAACAGGAGAGUGUCAGUGUGCGCCGAAGCGUUCAACCCAGACGAGGAUGACGAGGACACCGAGCAAAGAGUGGUCCACCCAAAGACAGAUGAACAGCGCUGCAGACUGCAGGAGGCCUGCCGAGACAUCCUCCUCUUCAAAACACUAGACCAGGAGCAGUUCUCACAGGUGCUGGACGCCAUGUUCGAGUUGAGGGUUCAGCCUCAGGAGCACGUCAUCGACCAGGGAGACGACGGAGACAACUUCUACGUCAUAGAGAGGGGCGUGUACGACAUCGUGGUAACAGGAACAUGCGUGGGCCAGUACAACAAUAAGGGCAGCUUCGGGGAGCUGGCACUGAUGUACAACACGCCACGCGCUGCCACCAUCGUAGCCACCCAGGAGGGGGCGCUAUGGGGACUGGACCGUGUUACGUUUCGGAGACUCAUUGUAAAGAACAACGCCAAGAAGAGGAGGAUGUACGAGUGUUUCAUUGAGUCUGUGCCCUUACUCAAAUCCCUGGAGGCAACAGAGAGGAUGAAGAUCGUGGAUGUAUUAGGAGCCAAGCAGUUCUCAGAUGGAGAGCGCAUCAUUACACAGGGGGACAAGGCUGACUGCUUCUACAUCGUAGAAUCUGGGGAAGUCAAGAUCAUGAUGAAGAGUAAAACGAAGGCAGACCAUGCAGACAAUGCCGAGGUGGAGAUAACGCGCUGUAGCAGGGGGCAGUACUUUGGGGAGCUGGCUUUGGUCACCAACAAACCCCGGGCCGCCUCGGCCUACGCAGUGGGAGAUGUCAAGUGUUUGGUAAUAGACGUCCAGGCCUUCGAGCGUCUUCUGGGUUCCUGUAAGGAGAUCAUGAAGAGGAACAUCGCCCACUAUGAGGAGCAGCUGGUGGCUCUAUUUGGCUCCAGCAUGGACCUGAGAGACUGAGCCUCCACCACCACCUCCGUGCCUUCUAUCUCACACACACACACACACACACACACACACACACACACACACACACACACACACACACACCAACAUACAUCCUUCUCCCAUCAUGCAGCAGUGAUACAGACUCAUCAGCUUCACACACAGACACAUGAGGAAGUGUUCUUGGCUCACCUGCAGAAACACACACACAGCUGUGUAGGCACUGAGUGACGCUCACUCCCCUUAGUUUGCUUACCCCUUCCCCUCGUGCACAUCCUAUCUGAACACUCCUCCAUCAGCUGAUUGGGUAGAGGCACUAAAGAUCUCCAUCCAUCCAUCAGCUACCUGGUCAGGUGACUAAAGGCAUCAGCUUAUUGGUCAGCCUCUUCUGCAGCUGAACGUCUCACUGACCUCAGAACAGGUGAAGCAGCAUCAGGACAGGAAGUUCAAGCACUCCAAACACGUUUUUAAAAGAACUCACGCUUCAUCUGUUCAGGCUUUGCAUUCACCUGAACACGAGCCUCAGCCAAGGACACAUCAACCUGCACACACAUAAAACACACACACACACUCAGACAUACUCAGAAACACACAUAAACACACAUCAUGGUAAGAAUGGAGAUGACAAACUUUAAGGAUCUCUGAAAAGGAAAACCAAUCAAAAAUGCAAAAAAAAGAAUAAAGUUUAAAGAAGACAUAAGUUUUAUGAAGAUAAGAAACAGAAGCUUUGAUAAAAUAUUAUUUAAAUAAAAAAAACAGUGUUUCCUGGUGGGAGGCGGGGCAGACCUUUGGCUCCGUUUCUUCCUCUGCUGUUGUUGGUUGAGUUAGUGCUGGUGAUUAUUUCCACCGGAGGUAAAACCAGAACAACCCGCCGUUUUCUAGGUGGUUUUCUGGGUCAUCCAUGCCACACGUCAUCGUAUUGAAUUAAUUAUUAAUGUAUUGUUAUUAUAUAUUCAGUUGUUAUUUUUUUGUUUUACUUUGACCAAUUCUGAUAAAAUUCACCAUCUAUCUCUGACAAAAUGUAAAAAGAGGAAAAAAAAUCUAAUACAACAUAUUAGUGCUUAUUUCUCCUUGAUUAUCCUUGAAUGAGUUGUCCUGGAUAAAAAACUGAAAAAAUAAAGCAAACAUUUUGUUAAAAA